GCUGCAGGGCCCCAUGGCCGUGCACGAGCCCCAUCCGGGCCGCCAGUGCCGGUCGGUGUCGUUCGACGACGGCAAGCGGGCCAUCAUCGCCACCGACCUGGACCCGGAGGUGGACCCGAUCAAGCUCAAGACCGUCGUGGGUCGCCCACCGACGCCUCGGCCCUCGCGCACCGACGUCGCCGUGACGCCACCCGACGAGCACGGGGAGAGCUCGCGGCCUCCCAGUGCCGCCUCGCAGACAAGCCUGUCGUCGUAUGAGCCGCCAUCGGCGCACAAGGACGGGCCGGCCCUGAACCCGGAACUUCUGAUGAUGCGCCUGACGCUGGAGUGCGCCGGCGAGGCGGCCAAGGAGAUGGCGGCCGACGAGUCGGCCCUGCGGCGCGAAGGCGGCGAAGGCAUGGCCGAGGACGCCCGGGCCGCCGCCAAGCUGAUGGCCGCCGACGACCUGACCAGCGAGGGGGGCGGCAGCUGCCUCACCGAGUAGCACCGUUGUUGACGACGUGAAGAGAGGUCGUCACCGAAGCAGGCCUCCUUCGCACGUCUUCGGGGGAUGACGUCACGAGUGUCUCGCGGCUGGUCGAGAGCUACGGGUCACGUCGUCCGUAUCCAACCUUGACCACCUUUUGCCAAAAUACAAUUCUUCUUCUUUACGCUGACACCCGCGUCGUUGUUGAAGGUGUCCGCCAUGGUGGACGCCAAGGUG